AUCAUCUUCUCCGGCUCGCUAAUCAUCUUCUCCGGCUAUCUAAUCAUCAGCGUCACACUCUCUACUCUCAAAAUCGGACACAAAUCACUAUGUAACUUUUUAAAAUUAGGGUUUUUGAAUUAAAAUUUGUGAAGCUUGCGUUUUGAUUUUGAUUUGUUUGUUACUCUUUCUUAUUAACCAGCGAAGCAAAUGAAAGACUUUUGAAUUGUGGGAACACAAAGUUGUUGGAGCAUAAUUCAUCUCUUUGAGGUAUGUUGCAGAUUCAACCUUCUGUGUGUUUGUACAAAUUUAUAAAAUAAAAGUUUGUUGUCUCUUGCUGCAUCUAUUGAAUGUUUUUAGAAGAUUUCCAGAAAGCAUUUGUUGCUGCAUCUAUUGAAUGUUGAAUAUUGAAACUCGGAUGGUAACACAUUUUGAAACUUUUUUGCUUGGAGUCUUGUUUUGAUUAGGAAUGUUGAUAUUUUUGAUAGGGUCUUGAAUUUGCUUAUGAGUCUUUUGUUGCUUGUGAAACUGUCUAGUGUUUAUAAUAAUUUCAGGAAGCAUUUGUUGUGUUAUUUCAGGAAAGCCUUCCAGAAAAGUUUGAAAUUUUUUUUUUCCUUGUUUACGCAGGAUAGAAACAAGAUGGGAGAUUCAGUACCUCUAAAACUAGCACUGCCAGAGCUGAAGUAUCCUAUUGGUUCACAGCCAAAGCAAAAGUCAGCAAUCAACCAAUAUUCCGGCUCAGAGUAUAUCUCCAUUGUUGACAGCAUCCUAAAACCAGAUGAGAUGAUAAGAGUCCGAGGAUCAUUUCUGGGACCUAUAAUGAAGCUCAGUGAGAGAGGAUUGAAGUUAUCAGCAAAGAUGGUCUACGCCAUUCUCACUAGAAGCAUCGUUUCUGUCAAGGAGAAUGAAGCCUGGUUCCAUUUCGGUGCGCAGCCAAUGAGGUUCUCUAUAAGAGAAUUUCAUAUGAUGACAGGCUUGAAAUGUAGUGGUGCAUUAGAAGGACCACGAAGGGAAACCGAUAGAUUUAAUUGGGAAUUGCUAAAGGGGCGUAGUCAUAAGUUAAGUGACGUGGUGGAACAGCUCAGAAACACAAGAGAAGAUGCUUCUGAGGAGAGAGUAUGCCUCGCAAUGCUCAUCCUGGUAGAGAGCAUAUUAUUGCGGAAGAGCAAAGGAGGGAGUUUUCCUUUGGAAUAUGCGAAAAAUGCACAGGAUAUGACAUAUCCAUGGGGAAAAGAGGCUUACAUUGUGCUCCUGAAGUCAAUUCAAAACGCUGUCGCGAAUCAUUUGGAGAAUAAAUCCAAAUUUGAGUUGCAAGGUUAUCCUCUAGUAUUCCUUCUUUGGAUACUAGAGUCGAUUCCUUUGCUAAGGAAUAAGUUCAGUAAGUGUGUACCAACAGUUGAGGUUCCUGGGCCGACUUACUUGUGUGAAAAAUACACUGAGCUGAAGGUCCAUUGCAUACUACCUUCUAUUCCUCAUGAUCCAGAAGAUGAUAUCUCCAUUGAAGACAAAUAUAGUGACGAGCUGGAAACACUGAAAGAUGUAACAAAGAAAGGGUACAAGCUUACAGCCGAUGACUGGGAAAAUAGGUGUGUAGACACAUUUGAAACAUUGGAUGCUCUUAUUCAAAUGAUGGCAAAUAAGGAGACUGGCCAAGCUUCUACUCCGAUUGAUGAGGAUUCAGUAAAUGAAAAAGUGAACAGGAUCAUCGAGGUAAUGGAGGAGAAUCUGAAGAGCAUGAAGGAUCGAAUGUCAUUACUGGAAGAAGAAAACAUGCAUCUUAGAGCCCGUGUGUCAGAGUUGGAAGGAAACAACAAUGUUUUUCCCACUAACGUGACACAACAGCGAUCCAGUGGGACACCUUUAUCUCCAAUGUCUCACACGCAACCAUCGAGUGAGACGCCUUUAUCUCCAAUGUCUCAACAGCCUAAUUUGACACAUGAGGAGACAAUGAAUGAAUCAGAUGAUGACACUCCUGCCCUUGAUACUCAAGUAUUCUCUCCUAAUCUGACAAAAGAGAAAGAAACAAGUGAGUCACCUGCUGAGAGGCCAUCCAAUCCUAAUCAAGAUGGAAAACCAGAUGAUGAGAUUGUGAGAGAGAAAUUAACAAGGGAGUCACCUGCUGCUCAGAGUCAAGUUUCGCAGAAAGAAACAGUGGAAAUGAAUGAGACACCUUCUUCUCCAAUAGCUCCAAAGAGUAUUGAAACUCCCGUUUAUACUCCAAGUCAGACUCAGCAGAUUGAGAGAGAGCCAUCGGAUGACACGCCUGCCCUUGAUAGUCAAGUUUUCACUCCUAAUCUGACAAAAGAGAGGGAAACACAAACCUCUACUGAUGAGACGCCACCCAAAACUAAUCAAGAAGAAGGAAAAACAAAUGAUGAGAUUGUGAUUGAGUCACCUGCUGCUCAGACUCAAGUUUUGCAAAAAGAAACACUGGAAAUGAAUGAGACACCUUCUUCUCCAAUAUCUCCAAAGAGUAUUGAGGCUCAAGUUUUUACUCCAAUUCAGAAACAGCAGACGGUAACAGAGGGAACGUAUGAGGCUACACAGCCAUUGACUGAGAUCAUUUCAGCAAACAAUAAAAAGGAGGAUACACAUGCUGUGCAUCACACACCUUCCUCUCCAUUGUCUUCACUAAUUGCACUAGUUAUUGAAGAAAAUAAGAAUGCUUUGAGUGAGACAGAAACUGCGACCCAAUAUUUUUCUCUAAGUGAGGGAGAGGAGACACAAUCAAGCAGAAAGAAUCAAGCAGAAGAAAAUCUCAAGGAUACUACAAAACAUACAACUGAGCUAGUUUCCACAGAUGUUUCGAAGACACAGCCUCUUACACAGCCUCUUACACAGCCUCUUACUCAGCAAACACAGCACCUUCAGACAAGUGAGGGAGAGCAAUCCGAUGAGACACCAUCAGAGCAGAAUCAAGCAGAAGAAAAUCUCAAGGAUACUACAGAACCUACUACUGAGCUAGUUUCCACAGAGCCUACUACUGAACCUACUACUGAGCAUGUUUCGAAGAUACCGCCUAUUACUCAGAAAACAGAGCAUCUUCAGACAAGUGCUAUAGAUUUUUCAGAAACAAACGAGGUUGAAGUAAGCAGGCUUCUAGCUCACUUUCAAAUAGGCGCAGAGGUUGAGAUUUUGUCUACUGAUGACGAAAUAUGGUAUCCAGGAAAGGUUGUUGAUCUUAAACUGUGUGAAGGACUAGAGGAGCUGACAGUUGAGUACACGACACUCUUCGCAGACCAACAUAGACUUCAGAAACUUCAGGAUACUAUCACGGCUGACAAAAUACGUCCUGCAACACCAACUAGUGACCAAAAAUCCUUUGAGAUGAUGGAUAAGGUAGAAGUCUUUUACAACAAUGGCUGGAGCAGCGGACAAAUUAGCAUGGUACUUGGUGAUAACACAUACUCGGUGUGUCUCUAUACUUCUAUGGAAACUAUUCUAUUCAAACAUUCAGAUUUGCGAAUUCAUAGAGAAUGGAAAGAUGGAGUCUGGAAGAUGGCAGAUAAGGUGAAGCCUGAUAAGAAAAGGAAAGCUGCUGCCUCAUCACAAAAUUCAGGAAUGGAUAAUGUUUUCCUAAGAAGGAGCGAGAGGGUGCCUAAACGAUCUAGAGACACAAAAACUCCAUUCAAGUCUGACAGAAAUCCGGCUUUAACUGUAAUACCUGAGAUUAUACCUGCAGUUGAUCCGUUUUCAACUCCUGCGGAACAUAAGCUUUCAAGGCUUCAAAAUUGGAUGACAUUAAAGCCCGGCAUGCAUGAAACGUCCCUAUCAAUCAAUGAUAAUAAGAUAAGGAAAUCUUUCUUUCAAAGCAUGGAAAAUGCAAAAAAGGACCUUAAGAAAGAGCACAUUGAUGGAGCCUUUGCAAUGCUAAAUUGCAGAAGAAAUGAGAAUGCUGCUUGGUUCCACAACUACAAGAUUCCAAAGGCGUGCUUCCUACCUAUGGAGUUCUUGCAUUGCUUGCUCUCUCAUGAUUUGGCUUACAAGAAAGAAAAGGUCAAAGGUAAAAAGAUUUUCAACGAUUUAUUUAAAGAUAUUGUAAGAGGGAAGGUAUAUCCAGAGAAGACAUGGGGAGAAGAUGUUGAUGUUGUGUAUGGGAUUACUCUUGGAAAAAAAAGCAAUGUCUGGAUUGGGAUGGAAAUUCAUUUGAAGAAGAAAAGAAUCACAGUAUAUGAUUGUUUUCAAAAGGAAAGCAACAGCAUUGAUAUUCCUCAAGUGAAAAAGUUGGCAGUGUUGAUUUCUGAUCUGCUGGUGGAAUCUUCUGGUGAUGAGGUAGAUAAAGUGAAGAUGAUUCCAUUUGAGGUUGAGCAGGCACAAGGUUUACCCAAGACAAAACAUCCUUUCAACUGUGGGAUAUUUCUUGUCAAGAUUCUGGAGUGCCAGUCAUUGAAGAUAGGAGACAUGACAAAGAUUAAUGAUGACAAUGCAUUGGAGCUAAGGAGAACCUUGUCUUGUGAGAUCUUCAACCAAUUUGUGGAUGAGAGCUUUGGGAAAUGAGAAUGAUGCAUCAAAACAUUUUUUGUUUUAGUUAAGACUCGGUUUUAGUUAUGACUGUUUAUUUUGUUAUGUUGUUGGCGUCUGGUUACAUAAGAAAGAUUGGAAGGAUAUCAAGUAUUUUUUUUGGGUAUCA